GCACCAUAUUAAACGUUUUGAGGCAACUCGUUGCUUUCCUCUUACUGUUCGGUUUGUUAGUGACAUUGUUUGUAAUUAAAAAGUCACAUUUACAACAAGUCGAUAGUUUAAUUCAUACUCGCACGGAAAGGAUGAAGCUAACGGAUAUUAAAAAGUUAAAAGUGGCUGAGCUACGGUUCAGACUCGCAAACCUGGGCUUGGACAGCAAAGGACUGAAAGCUGAGCUGGUAGACAGACUGUGGUCUGUUUCUCAAGCAGGACAGAGUGGGAAAACUAAUGAAGAAGAGGCGACACUACAAAACGACAUUUCACUGAAAUUGUCAUUACCGACAGCGACAGGGCACGUGCCGUCACCAGUACUGACAGAAGCUGGUGUUACAGGGCGAUCUAAAUUAGACCGUAGCAGAGAGUUCACAGACACUGCCACUCAGACUGAACGGGAUCCCGAUCAUCCAGGAAAUGAACGUGUCUCACUGGGUGAGGCUGACAGCCAGGUUGAGAGAGCAGAGCUGGGAGAUGAAGACCAUAACGGAGAGGACAGAGGGGCUCAUCUGUCACUGGACAUUGGCAGAGGAAGAGCUUUCUACGAGUUCAAAGAGGAGAUUAGAUACAAAAGAGCUAAAUCCCCACAGUCCCAGCCGGAGAGGGAGGAAGCAGAGGAGCAUGAUGAAAAUAAAGUCAGAUUAGAUCCAUAUGGCUGUCACCUCCACUUUGAGGUAAGUCCUGAUGGAUCCUGUGGGCAGCCACGCUUCUGGGAUCGGUACCCCCUGCUUUGGUCUGGCUGCAAGCUGACCCACGGGAUGCAGCAGGGUAGGGUGAGCUUUGAAGUUAGGUUGGAGAAGAAGUUGACUCUACAGCCAGAAGAUCUAGGGGUUGGAGAGCCGUAUGGUUUGAGAGUUGGUUGGUCAUUGGCUGAUGCCUCUUUGCUGCUGGGUGAGGAUGAAUUCUCUUUUGCUUAUGAUGGGCGUGGCAAAAAAGUAUCAGGUGGAAAUGAAGAAGUGUUUGGAGAACCUUUCUCUGAGGGGGAUAUCAUCGGCUGUUAUGCUUCUUUCUCUACAGAUGGCGCCGUCGAGCUCUCUUUCCAUAAGAACAGUCAUUUCAUGGGUGUGGCCUUUUUCCUGGGGGCCUCCAUGCUCCGGGGUCGUGCACUGUUCCCUCACAUCCUCUGUAAGAGCUGUUCAGUCCGACUGAUUAUGGACCCCGAAAGCCCCACAUGGUACCCUGGCCCUCCAGGAUUUACACCACUGGCAGCUCUACCUGUCAAUCAGAUGGUGCGCUCAAUAUCAGCUCCUACCUUAAGAUCACAGUGUGAGGUAGUGAUGAUGGUGGGUGUUCCAGGUUCUGGGAAGAGCUUCUGGGCCCGGAGUCUCAUGAAGCAGCAUUCUGACAAACAGUACAGACUACUGGGAACAGAGGAGCUGCUCACAUGUAUGAUUAGUGGUGGUCAGAGAGAAAGCAGGCUGCAGCAGGCUUCUCGGUGUCUGACUGAUUUGAUCAAGAUUGCUGCAGAGAUUCCCGGAAACUACAUCCUUGACCAGUGCAACGUUCUCUUUUCUGCACGACGUUACAAGCUGAAGCUGUUUGCAGGCUUAAGGCGUCGGGUGGUGGUUAUCUUCCCAUCAGCAGACGAGUGGAAAAGACGACUCUCACAGCACCAGAUAAAUGACGAUGAGCACAUUCCUGAGACAGCCUUGCUCAAACUCCAAGUGAGCUGCAGUCUUCCAGAGCCGCAAGCUGACCUGUUGGAGGAGUUGCAGUAUGUUGAGCUGCCACAGGAAGAGGCGCAAAUACUCCUGAAAGAGUACAAAGACAAUGCUCGCAGACUGCUGCCGCCUGUACCCAAACAGAAGAAACUUCGACUGUGCAAGAAAAGACCCCACCCUCACGGCCCUCCACCCUUACAUAAGAUGCAGUGGACUGGGCUUCAAGGCUGGAGCAACACAAGACUCGGCACACAAACAUGGAAUCAGCAGCCAAGAUAUUGGCCUUUGUCCUAUCAGGACCAGAGCUCCUACUACAACAGAAACUAUGGCUACAGCGGGUAUGAAGGUUACUGGUGAAGAAAGGUGGAGUGAGAAGACGAGCUGCUGCUUCGAAGCCACUCAACUGAGAAUGAAUGCCAACUACAUCAUUACUUUUUAAAUUUUUAUUAUAAUAACAAUACAGGGUAGGUUUGAACAAAGAAUUGUUUUUAAGCCAAAAUUGGGUGUUCCAGACAUCGGAAUUAGCAAAUUGCAAAGAGCAUAAUUAAUUUACAGGUUACACAGCGCCUGAUCCAGGUUUUAAAACUGCAGUGUCCAUGAUUUUACAAAUCCACUCACUUCAGAGAGAAUUCAACACCAUAAGAAGACGAGGCGAAGUCCAGGUAGGCUCCAUGUUUAAACAUCAUGGACACAGCUGUGCAGUUACAUCUUCAAACCUCAUCAUGAACUAAUUUUCCAUAAAUGAC